AUGGAGCUGGGACAGAAGGUAGCGUUGAUGCUGAUGGCUGCAGCUUUCCUGUGCUCCGGGAACCUCUGUAUCAUCGCGUCCAAGGUCGACGGUCUCGUGCCCUACAGCAGCACCACUGUCACCUUUCUCGUCGAGGGGCUGAAGCUCAGCGCCAUGCUGACAGCAAUCAUCGUCACGCACUCGACAGUCCCGAGUCAAUUUCAUGUGCGAACGAGCGGCUACUACGCAGUACCGGCGCUACUCAACGCCCUGGAGAGCAACUUGAACUACGUCGUGCUGCGCUAUCUGGAUGCUGCCACAGUGUCUGUGCUAUGGAACUUAAAGAUCCUGCUAACUGCCGUCCUAUUCCAUUACGUACUCAAGCAGAAGCUGUCGGAGCUGCACAAGUUGGCGAUUGUUUUGCUGGUUUUGGGCGUGUUGACAAGCCAGUCCGACCGUUUCCACAGCAAUGCGGUCAUAGACGGCUCACAUCAUAUGCUGCUCGGCAUUAUGCUAGCAUUGCUUGGCUUGACGUUAUCGUCAUGCGCGAGUGUAUGUGCAGAGUGGGCGCUGAAGCGACAAUCGGACUGUUCCUUCUUGUGGCAAAGCGUGCAGAUGUACGGAUUUGGCGUUUUGUUUAAUGGUUUGGGUCUGCUUCUCAUUGACGGGAAGUUGCUGCUGUCGGACGGAUUCUUUUAUGGCUAUAGUGGCUGGACGAUGAUUGUGGUCGUUGUCAACUCUAUCGGUGGCAUCUUUAUGGCCUGCAUCCUCAAAUAUCUGGACAAUAUUGCCUGCGUGUACUCGCACUCGAUAGCAAUGAUGUUCACGACAUUUUUAUCCAUGUUGUUUUUUGCCUUUUCACCCUCAUUCGAGUUUGGUUGUGGGCUCGGAGUACUGAUCAUCUCCAUGUAUCUCUACCACCAUCCACUGGCGCAAGUUUUACCUGAUGAGGAAAGUCUACCAUCUAGCAGUACGAUUCAUGAAAAAGUAGACGUUGAUGCACCUUCGUUGGGAGCGAAGAAAAUGCACAAGUACAAAGAGUUAUCGAUUGAGAUGCGAGAAAUUGAGCCUUUGUAG